AAAGGUUGAUGAGAACUCCUUUUGUUAAGGUUUCCAUCUAUAGCCAGGAACAGUUCUUCCCUAAACAAACAUCUCUCACCCCCUAUCUCUCUCUCUCUAGUCUUCCAUCAAAGCCCUAAUUAGAAGAUAGCAGCUAAAAACCCUAGGUGAAAAUUGUAUGGGGAGAGGAAAGAUUGUGAUUCGGAGGAUCGACAAUUCGACAAGCAGGCAAGUCACCUUCUCUAAGAGGAGAAAUGGGUUGCUAAAGAAAGCCAAGGAGCUAUCAAUCCUUUGCGAUGCUGAAGUUGGAUUGAUCAUCUUUUCCAGCACUGGAAAACUCUAUGAUUUUGCAAGCACCAGCAUGAAAUCUGUGAUUGAAAGGUACAAUAAAAUGAAGGAAGAGCAUCAUCAGCUUCUGAAUCCUAUGUCCGAGGUUAAGUUUUGGCAAAGGGAAGCGGCAAACUUGAGGCAACAACUGCAGUACUUGCAAGAAAGCCACAGGCAGCUUUUGGGAAAAGAACUUUCUGGACUAAGCAUCAAAGAUCUGACAAAUCUGGAGAAUCAACUUGAAGUGAGCCUGAAAGGUAUUCGAACGAGAAAGGAGCAAAUUUUGACUGAUGAGAUCAAGGAACUAAACCGAAAGGGAAGUCUUGUUCAUCAAGAAAACAUGGAACUCUGUAAGAACCUAAAUCUCAUUCGUCAAGAGAAUAUAGAAUUGCAGAACAAGGUUUAUGGACCAGGGAGAAUCAAUGAAGCAAAUGGAAGUGCUCGGGCUAGAAACACAGUCGGCAAUGGAUAUGACUUACAAGUACCUAUAAAUCUUCAGCUAAGCCCACCACAAACAAACAUCAAUGAAGCACCAGCAAAUUCAAUGAAGCUCGGGCUACAAUUGCACUAGCCAGCACUGUGGCAGUUAUCAGUCUGCAUCUACAAGAUGCACAGCAAGGUGAUGCUUUUGGGAAUUAUGCUUCUAACUCGGAUAAAAGACUGAAAUUAGCCAAGUAUGAUAGCCAUCAGAUUCAGCUUUGCUAGUACAUGAAGCAGCUUUAAGAUUGUUUUGAAUUGACCAACAAUGCAUGCUUAUAAGUUAUGUAAAAACUAUAAUAAUAUAUAUAUAUUUAAAAAAAAAAAGUGAUGUUUCUAGGGAUGAUUUAGCAGAUGAUCCAUGUUCAGACUGUUUAGUUGAAUACUGAGAUUUUACUACAUAUGCUAGCUUGAUUGGUAUUAAGAUACCAAUUGGUCAGAGUAACUGACCACGGUAUCAAGUUUCUUACCACAAACAAUUUUUUUU